UAGGAAGUUGAGAAUUGGGCAGAAUUAUUGGGACUGUUCCAAUAUCCAAUAAGGAGCAGUUCAACUCCCACUCAUGCCACCCGUCUAACCAAAAUCUUUCUAAAUUCCACCACUUACCUAAUUGUGCCCAUGGUAUAUGUCCGAUCCUUUUAGUUGGUAUAAUUUUUUUUAAGACUCAAAUUUUAUAUAUUUUUCACCAGUAUUUUAAAUAUUUUUUAAUUAUAUUGAUAUGAGAAAAAUUAAAAUUUAAAAUACUUUUUGGAUAAUUUAUGAAUAACUAAUUUUAACUUUAAAAUAUUAAUUUAAUUUAAUAUUAUAAAUUGAUUCUCAACAAAUAAAAUGUGACACUAAAAACAAUGGAGAAAGUAAUUUUUUUCUUUUGACUUCGUCAAAAUUCUACGUCACAUUCAACUGAAACAACCUGGAUGCUUCCAUUAGACUAAUUAUAGAUUAUAAAUGCAACCUUGUAUUCAACAAAUAACAGAACCUCUGAAACUUGGCAGCCUUUUCGUACAACAGCUGCAACAGAGAAAAGUUAAAUUAUUAUAGCAAGAAAGAUCCCAUCGGGGCUACCUGAAAACACACAAAAUAUGGUUACAAGGAUGAAAAUUGCGCUAGUCUUGGUGGCUAUUUUGGCUGUAUUGCCGGAGAAUAUAGUAGCAGUUGAUCAAGUGGUUGGUGAUAGUAUGGGUUGGACAAUUCCUUCUGGUGGCCCUUCAAGUUAUGCCAAUUGGGCUUCACAACGUACCUUCAGAGUUGGUGAUAAAUUAGUGUUCAAUUUUGCAACUGGAGCACAUGAUGUAGCCAAAGUGACAAAGAGUGCAUAUGAUUCUUGCAGCUCCACAGGACCCGUUACUCUUAUAACUGUUGGACCAGCCAAUAUCACUCUAAAUUCCACAGGAACUGAGUACUUCAUUUGCACUUUUGGCCAACAUUGUAAUGCUGGCCAAAAGCUAGUCAUCAAUGUUACAGCAGCUUCCACUCCUACUACUAGCCCUGCACCAUCCCCUGCUACCUCCCCUGCUCCAUCACCCGUCCCGAACCCUACCCCUGCCCCAACUCCUUCCUCAACACCUUCCCCGACCCCAAUGCCAACACCGACGACAAGUCCAUCACCAUCAACCGGACCAUCUGUACCAUCUCCUAGUCCUACUGGUGGUACAGCAACUUCACCAUCGUCUCCACCACCCACCGGAACAGUCACACCGGGGACUACUCCUUCACCUGCGACACCAUCCGACGGUCUAGUUCCUCCACCGGCACCAAGCUCUGCCCCGAGAAUUGUUUUUGCUCCAGCCUUGGUCAUGUUCAUGUCCAUUGCUAUUAGUAUCAUGUGGUAGAUUCAUGUAUUUAUAUAUAUGGAGGACUAAUCGUCACGGAGGAGCUUCUAGUGAUGAGUGUGUGUAUAUCAUUUUACAUAUGAGUUGAUAUCAUGAUUAGGACCUGGUCAUUGUAUACUUGUAAUAUUGUUCAUUGAUUUGAGUAAUUAGUGAUUGUGUGAGUUUUAAUAAACGUGUCUUGUUUUUA